GUCGCACCAAAGCCAUUCCAGUCCCAUUCCCUUCACACGCCGCGCCCAACUCAGUUUCAGGAAAGGGGAGUUUUUCCGGCAGAAGUUCGGUUCUGAACUGCGAAUGCUUGGCAACUGCCUGUCUGUGGUAUAUAAAUAAGACCCUAGCCCCGACCUGCUGUCGAGUGUAGAACGACAGCGAGUCGGCAACAGUGUAAUCCUCAGACCUCAGUUAUCCAGUCGGCAACAGCAAGGAUUUCAGCCCGACCAUGGCAUCCUUUCCUGCCGCCCUCGCCGCGCUGCUGGUCGCGACCUGCGCCGUGGCGGCCGCUGCCACGACCUUCGACGUCGGCGACGGGCACGGCUGGCAGACCGGCGUCGACUACACUGACUGGACGUCCGACAAGACGUUCGCUGUCGGCGACACGCUAGUGUUCAACUACACGAGCAAGUCGCACACGGUGACGGAGGUGAACAAGAGCGGCUACGACGCCUGCUCGGGCGGCAACUCCCUGAGCAACGACGACAGCGGCGCCACCGCCAUCACGCUCACGACCGCCGGCGUGCACUACUUCAUCUGCGACAUCCCCGGCCACUGCGCCAGCGGCAUGAAGCUCGCCGUCACCGUCACGGUCGCGGGGGGCUCGGCGACGGGAGGUAGUACCAUCCCCGCCGGCGCCGCCGGGGGGUCCCUCGUGCCGGCGAUGAGCGGCCUCGUCGCCGCCGUCGCGGGGGCUCUGAUCAUCCUGCUCGCGCUGUUCUGAUGAAGCCCGUCGUCGUUGGUGAGUACGAUCAGGGCAUGCAGAGACAGUGCAGUUUGAUUCGUGUGUACGUAUAAUAAGCUCACUUUUACUUUUGCUCGUUUCCUGGCGCGCCUGCAUUCUUCACCGUGUUCACCCUUGUACGUGCGUGAUAUAUGUUCGUCGGUUUGUGAUGUGGCCUGCGUGUGCCGCGGGAGUGUCGUGGUGAUGCCCGAGCAUUUUUUUUUUGGAAACCCUCUGCAGCACAGAAUCGUGCAGUAGUGCUGAUGGCAUGAAAUGCAUUCUUUUCUAAAGAAAAGAACCCCGGAUGCAAAGAAAUGGUUUUUGCGACGUAUUGGGUGCGCGCUUAACCUAGCCUUCUGUGUAUAUCAGUUACCUUUUCUAGAAAAGUACUUCAUAUU